AUGCCGCCACCAGAAGAUCAACACCCUCCAAACCCCUCGUCAUCCAAUUACUCACAGACUUCCUCACUUGCCUCCUCACGCCCCUCUACACCCAAUUCCCAACCCGCCUUCCCCCGCCUCUCUUCCUCCUCCUCUUACUCUCAACCAUCUGAACCACCUCAACCAUCUCAACCACCCCAACUCCAACCCCAACAUGACCAUGACCACGAACAACCUCACCCUCCUUCCCCACGAACCACCACCCGCAAUGCCAACGCCGGCACCUCAACAAUCCGCACCUCAGCCGCCACAGGCGCCCCCUCUCGUCCCUCCCACCAAGCUGGGCCCCCUCAUCGAGCCGCAGCACCACCCCCGACCCUCCGCGAAAAGAUCUUCCACGCUCUCCCGCCGCACACGGGCCCACUGAACGUGGGCUUCAUGGAACUCGAGCUUCCUGUCCGCGAACCCCGCACUUUUUCGCAUAUUAAGCGCAACGGGGAGUUUGCGCUCAAGCUCGACACCGUCCUUUUCGCCGUCUAUUACCCGUGCGAAGGACCGGAGGAGAAGCCCAAGGAGAAAGCCAUAAUGACAAGGGAUCGGAUCAGGAGAUGUAGGGGCAGUGGGAACUGGGCGGGGUGGGAUAAUGCAGCAGGGAGGAAGCAAGAUGAGGAGGACGAGGCAGGGGGAAAGAAGGGAAAUGUGGGGUUGACGAGACCGACUUGGCUGCCUAGGCCGAGACUGUCGACUUGUAAGGGAUACGCCAACUUUGCGAAUAUGCCCAAGGCGCCGGUUGCCUCGUACUUUGCUUUGACGAGUAUGUUUACAAAGUUGCCGGCGUGGCGGAAUGCGAAGCUGAGUGAUGGGCCGCCGUUGGCUGGGCCGGAAGAGAUGGGAGAGGAGGCGCUGAAUAGGGGGUUCAGCGAUACGAGCGAGUUGACGCUUGUCUGGGGACCGAGACCGGUACCAGAUGCGGAGGAGUUACGGAGACGGAGAGCAAAGUACCCGGUCAUCAUUUUCAGCCAUGGCCUCGGCGGGUCGAGGACGGUGUAUAGUACCAUCUGUGGAGAACUGGCCAGUUACGGAUUUAUCGUGGUCGCCAUGGAGCACCGAGACGGAAGCGGAGCGAGGACAUAUGUGAAUCAGGAAGGGUCGUCGCCGGACUUGUGCAGCCAGAAUCUGGACCGGAGAUCGUACUCGGAACGGGAGAAGGAAGACGGUUCAGCAGUCAAAACGAAACGACGACGCAAAAAGAACGGCAAGAAGAAGCCCUACUACAUGGUGGACUACCUCUUUCCCUUGGAUAACGCGCAAGAUACUCGGCCGCAUAACCCAGCCGGGGUGGAUACAGAGCUACGGUUGGCGCAAAUAGAGAUGAGAUGUGCCGAGAUUCAAGAGGCAUAUCACAUCUUGGGAAUGAUCAACGACGGGCAAGGAGCAGAGGUUGCGCGUCGCAAUCUAAGGAAGAAAGGGAACAAAGGCUCGAGCUCAAAGGGGCUCAUAGGCAUCGACUGGGAAGAUUGGACGGGGAGACUAUUCCUGCAAAAUGUGACGAUGAUGGGUCACUCGUUUGGAGGAGCAACGACAGCCCAAGUGCUCAGAUUGCGCGAAGACUUCACGUGGAUCUCGCAGGGAAUCUUGCUCGACGCGUGGGGUCCAGCAAUGCCCGAGGCCGACAGCGAGGAGCACAAGAUCCAAAAGCCGAUAUUGGCCAUUGGUAGCGAGGCCUUCAUGCACUGGAAGGACAAUUUCGAACGCGUGGAGAACAUUUGUCUCGAGGCCCGAGAGGCGGGCGUGCCCUCGUGGAUGACGACGAUCCGGGGCUCGGUCCAUCUGGCAGCGGCGGAUUUUGCGGUCCUUUAUCCAAAUUGGAUGUCACUGCUCAUGAAGUCUCUUGUGAAUCCUAAGCGCGCGAUCCAGCUCCAUGUCGAAUCGGCACUUGAGUUUCUCCGAAUGACGCUACCAGAACAACAUCAUGCCAAAUUCAGCAAAGCCUGGCCGUUUGAAGAGGGGCUGCUGACGGCCAUGGAGGGCGCGGCGAAUGAGGUCUCGUUCGAUUUCCGGCCAAACGAGAAAUGGGUCGCCGCUCGGCUAAAGAUUCCCCAUGAGUUCAAGCUACGCACCCGGAAUUGGGCCAAGAGGAGAACACAACCGAGCCGUGAUAUACCAAGAGAUCGAAGUGGAAAGCCCCUUGCAGGGCUGGUAGACUGGGGUGCAGGAAAUGAAAUUUGGGUGCACAUCAGCCCAGACAAGGAGGAAGUGCCAGAUGUAAGCGAAGAGGCAGAGUAG